GGGGCCGGCUGGAAGGAGGCGGGGGGCGGGCAGCGGGCGAGUCCCCUCCCCGCCGGCCCCGCCCGCUGCCUUUGAAUCUCGUUCAGCCCAUUGUGCGCUCGGCGGAGCCCGGUGGGAAGGGGAGCGGACUCCUGCCCGCGGCGGGCAAAGGGCGUGUUGGAAAUGUCCCUCCGGGAGCCCCCCCCUGCCAGUCUGGGGUCCUGGGGGCUCCUGCUCCUGAGCCUUCUCCUUGCCCCGCUUGCCUGCCGGGCGUGCCCAGCCCCCUGCGAGUGUUCAGAACCAGCCCGGACUGUCAAGUGUGUCCUGAAGGAGCUGAGCGCUGUCCCGGCUGCCAUCCCCGGGUAUACCCGCAACCUCUUCAUCACCAGCAACCAGAUCGCUCGCCUCGGCAGCCAGGACUUCCAGGGGCUGCCCAACCUGGUCACCCUCUCCCUGGCCAACAACAGGAUCAGCGCUGUGGAGUCACAUGCCUUCUCUGCCCUCCCCAGCCUACGUUACCUGGACUUGAGCAAUAACCGCUUGGCUACCAUCCACCCCGAUGCUUUCAACUCCAGGAACAACUCCAUCCAGGAGCUGAACCUGAGCCGCUCAUUCUACAACUCCUCCACCAUCCGGCCCGUGGCAGCCGCCAUAGUCCAGGGCGGCUUCCGGAGCCUCUCCAAGCUGGAGCUGACCAACAAUGAGAUAGUCUACCUGCCGCUGGGCAUGUUCUCCAGCCUCCGCAGCCUCCGGCACCUGGACUUGAGGAACAACUCCCUGGUGGACAUCAAGAACUCCACUUUUGCUGGCCUCGACCUCGAGCACCUCGACUUGACCUUGAAUGCCCUCAAGACCCUCCGGAUUGAGGCCCUGGCUGAGCUGGGGAGGCAGCUGCACCUUCGCCUCUUCCUGAGGGAGAAUCCUUUCGUGUGCAACUGCGACAUUGAGGACCUGGUGAGCUGGCUGAAUCAGAGCCAGCAGGUGGCCGACGUGGAGAAACUGGCCUGCGUCUUCCCCCAGCACCUCCAGAACACAUCCCUGAUGGACCUGGCCGGGGCAGAGCUGGGCUGCCACUCCAGCCAGCACAGCCAGAACACUCUGCAGACCUCCUACGUUUUCCUGGGCGUUGUUCUGGGCAUCAUCGGCAUGGUCUUCCUCUUCGUGCUCUACCUGAACCGCAGGGGCAUCAAGACGUGGGUGAACAGCACGCGGGACGCCUGCCGCAACUUCAUGGAGGAGUAUCGCUAUCGUUACGAGAUCGACUCCGACCCCCGUGUCACCCAGGUCUCCACCUUGGACAUAUGACCACGUUCCUCUCGGGAGCCCACGGGGGGAGACUCUUCGGAUGGCUUUGUGAGCUUUCAGGGGUGGCCUGGUGCUACCCAUCUCCAGAACCAAUUCAUCUGCCUGGUGAUGAGCUGUGACGCUUCUUGUGACGGAGUUAGAACUUUUUUCUUCUCCUGUUUGAGGGACCUUGCUGGGGGGAGGGGGAAGGCGCAAUCUCCCCCUGCAUGGUCUCUCUUGCAUUGUAUUCCCGGCCCUCGGGGAACCCCUCUGGCAGUGGGACUCAGCCUUGGGCAGAUCUCUUUGUGGGCAUUAUAAAGCGGACACAAGACAGGGAUUUCUGCCUCCCUUUGGCUUCAAGCUUCCAUUCAGGUACUUUUGGGGUGGGAGGCUCUAUCCAAUGCAGGGAGUUGCUGCAGUGGGAACACAAGAACUGCCCCACGGGACCAACCCACCGGCUCGGUUAGCUCAGCGUCCGCACUCUUCUACAGCAUCAAUGCAAACCUUGGAGCUAACGCAAUAAUAAACCUCGGGGGAAUGUGGGAGAUUCCUUCCUAACCCCAGCUGCCGAUCGGCCUACGCCCUGGAGCAGGUGGAGCAAGAGCCCUGGGGACGGCUCGUGUAGCUUUGAAGCCACUGCUGCCGGUGGAGGGAAUGAGCUGUGAAAACCCAGGGCAGUGUCUGGAAUGCCCACUAGGGGGACCCAUGCCAGCAGUGGCAGGACAGCUGGGAUUUCACAAGUAUCCUGGGAUGA